AUGAAUGUGGUUGUGCCAUCGUCACGGCAACUGGAAGAAGCUCGACUAACCCCACCUUCGCAUUCUCAAUUCCAUCAAACACAAGAAUACUUUCAAGCAGGACAGUCGAAAAUAACUCUCAAGCCACCCAAACUUGAGCAAAUAUUUCCCAAUUUUAUCAGCUUUUGGAUUGCCACCGUUGCCACCACUGCUCGCAUCUCGCCUAGUUGCUCGUCAAUAAGAUGGAGCGUUAUUUCCCCAUUUUUGUUAUCCACCAAACUGUGUCUGCCUCUUAUUACCUAG